AUGGGGAUUCAGGAGAAGAUCAAGGAGAUUGAGUUCGAGAUGGCUCGAACGCAGAAGAACAAGGCCACGGAGUACCACCUCGGGCAGCUCAAGGCGCGGUUAGCCAAGCUCCGCACGGAGCUGCAGCUCGGCCAGAAGACGGCCAAGGGGGAGGGCGAGGGGUUCGACGUGCAGCGGUACGGCGACGGCCGCGUCGCCCUGAUCGGGUUCCCAUCCGUCGGGAAGUCCACGCUGCUCACAAUGCUCACAGGCACCAACUCCGAGUCUGCGGCGUACGAGUUCACGACGCUGACGUGCAUUCCGGGCAUCCUGCACUACAACGACUCGAAGAUUCAGAUCCUCGACCUCCCCGGCAUCAUCGAGGGCGCUGCGUCCGGCAAGGGGCGCGGGCGGCAAGUCAUUGCCUGCGCCAAGUCCUCGGACCUCAUCCUCAUGGUCCUCGACGCCCUCAAGCCAUGGAGCCACCGCGACAUCCUCACGCGCGAGCUCGAGGCCAUGGGCAUCCGGCUGAACAAGAAGCCGCCCGCGAUCACGUUCAAGAAGAAGAAGACGGGCGGCGCGACCAUCAACUCAACGGUGCCGCUGACGCACCUCGACGACAAGCUGAUCACGCGCGUGCUGCAGGAGUACAAGCUGCACAACUGCGAGAUCCUGUUCAAGGAGGACAGCACCGUGGACGACCUCAUCGACGUCAUCGAGGGCAACCGCCGGUACAUCAAGUGCGUCUACGUAUACAACAAGAUCGACAUGCUGUCCAUCGAGGAGGUCGACCAGAUCGCGCGGACGCCCAUGAGCGUCCCGAUCUCGUGCUCGGGCCGCCUGAACCUCGACGGCCUCCUCGAGCGCAUGUGGGAGGAGAUGGCCCUGGUCCGGGUUUAUACCAAGAAGGUGGGACACAAGCCCGACUUCCACGAACCCGUCGUGCUCAGCGAGGACCGCGGGGGCGUGCUCAUGGAGAACUUCUGCUCCCACAUCCACCAGACGCUGCUCCGGGACUUCUCCUACGGCCUCGUGUGGGGCACCUCCUCCAAGCACAUGCCGCAGCGCGUCGGACUGACGCACGCGCUGCAGGACGAGGACGUGGUGCAGAUCGUGAAGAAGAAGGUGACGGCGGGCGUGGAGGAGGACAAGACGAGCGGGAACCUGGCCAAGCGGCAUCAGGAGGCCAAGGACAAGGCGCGCGAGAAGAAGCCGCUGAAGACGUAG